AUGAGAGCCAUCAGAGUUUUAAAAUAGCUGAUGCAAAAUUUAGAAAAUAGUCAGCUACAUAGUACUGAAAAAAGAGAUUAAUUUGCUGAUGUUAUUAGUUUAAAUAAUAUUCCUCCUACUGAUUCUUUAGGUUUAAGUAGUAGAAUAAUUAAUGUUUUAAAGUCUGAUUUAUUAGUUCUCUGUCGUAUUUAAAAGCAGCUAGAGUUAGGUGAAGUUAACCCAUUUUAGGUUUAAUUAAAUGCAAAUGAUUAAGAUAGCUCUAAUAAUUAAAUAGCACCUGUGAGUUAGUAGGAUAAUGAUUUAAUCGAAAAAAUAAAUGAAUGGUAUAAUGAAAAUAAUAAAAUUAAAAUUAGUUCAAUAAUUGAGCUUAUCAAAAUGUGUGUAAGAAAAGUUGAGAAAGGUGAAGAUAUUGAAAUUCAAAAAUUAGUUAAUGCUUAUGACCCAGAAUAUGGUUUGCUGUUUUGCCAUUUAUUUUGUUUAGCAAUAGAACAAGUGUUAAAUUUUACUAAAUUAAUCUAGAUUGAAGAAAUAAUAGCUAAAUGCUUAAAUCGUAUGAUUGAUGGCAUUAAUUUUUAGAAUAUGCAAUAUUUAGAAACAAUUAUUUCUGAUAAUUUGAAGAAACUCGAGCAAGUAAUGCUAAUAACUAAUUAAUACCUUCCAGAGCAGCAUUCGAUAGUUGUCAUUUUUGAAAAAUAUAAUAAUUUGUUGCAGAAGCUAUCAGUAUAAAACUCUAUUUUUUACUCAAACAACUAAGUUAUCCCAAAUUUCAAUGAUCUUCAGGGUAUAAUCAUAAAAAUAUAAGAUUAUUUAUAUAACCCUUCACCAAUCAAGUCUAAUUAGGAUUAAUAGUUUAUUGUUGCUUAAAUUCUAGAAGAAACAUUAGGAAUUUUUAAUGGUGCCUUCUAAAGGUUUUAAAACAUCUAGCUCGACCAUAAAUCUAGACAUAUACUUUAUGAUAGAAUAGAAAAAAUCAUAGUAACAUGCCAAAUGUCUCCUUAAUACAUAUAGUACUAAUAGCACAAAGAUUAAACAAAUUCAGUUACUCCCAAGUAUUCAUUACAUUACAAUUUAAAUGAAAGCAGCUUUUAUAGUUAAAAUAGUAAAACUAUGAGUAGUAUGUCUUAUUUAAAAAAGAGAACUUCUACUAUUUAGCAAGAUUACAAAAUACUCCUUAACACCCUCAAAAGAAUAGGAGAAUAUUUGAUAUCUAAAAACGACAAUGUUAUAGUCCUUAAAGACAACAACAACUAAAUUAAUUAUAUCUGCAAACAUAAUUAAAACGACUUUUCUAAUCCCCUAGAGAAGCUAAUAAACUCUCAAAAUAAUUACAUCUAAAAUAGUGAAACUGAAUUAAGCGAUUAAAAAUAAAAUGGUAAAAACUAUUCCUAAAUAUAUAAAUAAAUUGUUUUGAACAGCAAAUACUUUAAUCAUAUUAUGAAGAAUAAACAAAUUUACGAGUAAUAAUUGUAAAAUAUUAUUUAUAAACGAAAUUAAUAUGAGAAAGAAGGAGCCUAAAUAUUGUUGGGGUUGAAAAGUGCUUUAAUUAUUGAAAUAAACGAUUAAAAUUUAGAGUAAAUCUUGCUGGAUAACAAUUCUUCUUUGGUAAUUACAAUCACUGACAAGCUUAGUGGAGAAUAAAUUUGUGAAACAUCUCUUAAAUCUAAUAUAAAUUCAAUUCAACUUGAGUUACCUUUUUCAAUACUACCAUGCAAUCUCUAAAUUUUAGAAAAAUAGCACAAAAAUUCAUAAGACUAGAAGAAUAAUUCUAUAGACUCUAAUCUGUAAGAAAAUACAGAAUAAUUGAUCUAAAAUGAAAGUUAAUCUUAUCUUUUAUUUGAAAAAGAUAUUUGCUUAACUCAAUUCAUUAAUACAUAUUUAAGACUUAAAAAUGAAAGUUAUAAAAAUUCCACUCAAAUUAACUUAAAAGAAUUUAUUGAUUCAAGUCUAGAUUUAGAUCGGUCCCAAUCGCCUUAACUAAGUAGUAUUGACAUCUCAUAUAGUCCUGAAAUGGAAAUAAACUAGGCACCCGUUUUUCCAGUUUUUUAGAAUGCCCUUCAAUCAUAUUCGCUAUCUCCAAGCAGAAGUAAAAGAGUUUCAUAAGAUACAAUAUAUAAGGGUAGUCUUAAAAGUAUUGAAGAAGAAAACUACUCAUCUAUUUCUGCUAAUAACAUAGAUAUGCUUAAAGAUAAAAAAAGACUGAAAGGUGAAAAAAAAUAAAGCUAACAAGAGCCGAGUUCUAUAAGAUAUCCAUUAAAUUAAGAUUUUAUUAAGGAUUCUGAAAAAUCAAAGCAUCCACCUUAAAAUAUGUGCAAAAGCAAAGAAGAAUAAUUUACUAAGUUUAGAUUUUUUAUAGAAACUAAACAAAUAUAAGCAAAAGAAAAUAAUUUUAAAAAUAAAAAUAUUCUUCUCAACAAAGAAUUACCUGUUAAUCAAAGCCUUGAAAUUGACGAAGUUAACUUAUUUAAGGAUAAAAAUAUUUAAAAUAAAAAUAUAGAAAAAUAAUCAUAAAGAUAAAAUAACUAAAAAAAGAAAAAUUUUAAUCUUCCUGAUAGCGAUUAUCAAGAUUUAUCGAAGCAAACAAAUUUUAAUGAUAGCUAUCUUAAUAAUUCAAUGCAAAAAACAAGAUCAUAAUUUGGAUCAUAGGAUAGUCUGAAUGAUAGGUAAGAAGAGAAAGCUCAAAAAGAUUUAAAUCCAAAAACGAAGUAGUUAAAAUAAAUAAAUUUUAUAAAACCUUCAUAAAAUAAUGUAAAUAACCAUGUUAUUCCUCAAUAAAUAAACUAAAAAUUGAAAAAUAAAUAAAAUAUUGAAAAAAAUUAACAAAACAAAUUAUAAAAAAUAAAUCAAUUAUCACCUUUAUCUAAUACAUAAAAGUUAAAUUUAACAAAUAAAAGCAACUAGUCUUCUAUCGAUAAUAGCAUGAUUAGUUUCCCGAAUUCUAAGAGAAACUCUUAAUUAUAAAAACAUGAUUUCUUUUAAAAUUCGUCAAUAAACACAAGUGUGGUAUCGAUACAAUAUAGUCAGAAUGACUCUUUAUAACCUUAUUAAUAACAUUUACAAAUUGGAAAAUCUAAAAUUUUGGAAAAAUAAAGUUCUAAUUCAAGAAUAAAAAGCAACUAUUAUUAUAGUUUAGAAUAAUCUAAAGAAAAUAUCACUAUUUUUCAGUAAAAGAAUUACAACUUGAUUCAUAAUAAUACUAAAAUUCAUAAAACUUCUGUCUUAAAAAAUAUCAAUUAAAAAGAUAAUAUGUUAUAAGUUAUAUAAAAUAAAGAUAAAAGAUCUAAGUCAGUUUAACCUCAUUAAAUAAGCAACUUAAAUAAAUUAGAUAAUUUAGCAAAUAGUGUAAAUUAAGUUUCCCAAAAUACAAACCAAAAUUAGUUUAAAAUGAGAAAUUAAAAGCUCAAACUAGAAGACGAAAACAAUUUAGAUUUUGAUGUUAAUACUUAGAUAAAAUCAUUCUAUGGAGUUUUACACGAGUUAAAAACUACAAAAAUAAACAUAGAUAUGUGA